AUGCCACCUAAGGAGGAAAAGGUGCUGUCUGACCGACUGGUCCAGCGGAAAGGGUUAAUGUCAAUCCGUGAUGCGGUUGAGAAAUUUAUCGCUCGAUUCGAGCCCGCGCGUGACUUAUGUCAAGUGAAUGUGCGAUUAGAAUCCCUGGACCGUGCUUAUACACAAUUUAUGGAAGUACAGAAUGAUGUCGAGAGGUUGGACAAGAACGAUAACUUGGAGACGCAUUUGACGGAACGCGUGAAUUUUGAGCAACGAUACUGCGAAGCGAAGGGUUUUCUGCUUUCUCAUUUCUGCAACGACGUCAACCAGACGCUAAAUAAUUCUGUGGUGGCCAAUUCUCAUUCAACAUCAUCCAGUUUCCACCACCGAUUGCCAAAGAUUGACCUACCGAGAUUCAAUGGUGACUUCUCACGUUGGUUGUCAUUUCGGGACACAUUCAUGUCGAAGGUACAUUCCAAUGCCGACAUCCCAACGGUUGCCAAUCUACAGUAUCUCAUACAGUCACUAGAAGGCGACGCCAAGAAGCCGUUUAAGUCGGUAGACAUCGAAGCCGAUAAUUAUUCAUCAACAUGGGAUGCACUUCUGAAAAGGUACGAUAACCACCGUUUUCUCAAGCGACAGCAAAUUAGAACCCUUUACGAUCUACCAUCGGUAAAGCAGGAGUCUGCUACACGGUUACACAAUCUGGUCGAUAAUUUUCAGCGCCAUGUUCGUGCCUUGGCGAAGUUGGGUGAACUCGUGCAGCAUUGGGACACACCGCUGGUGAAUAUACUGUCGUAUAAGCUGGAUCCGUCCACACUACGAGCCUGGGAGGAGAAAACGAGCAACAAAGACGACGUGACAUACGAAGAACUGGUUGAGUUCAUCUACCAACGUGUACGUGUGUUGAAUUCUAUAGGUCCUGGGAUACAGCAACCGGCACCAUCGAAGGUGGCUGGCAGUACUUGGAAAGAAACCAAGUUGAAAUUCGCAGUCAAUGCAGCUGAACUGUCCAACAAGUCUCCGUCAUGCCUGUUGUCGUGCUCAGACAGCCACUCCUUACGAAAUUGCCCAGUGUUUCUGGCAAAAGGUGUCCGCCAGCGUCGCGAGCUGGUUUCGCAGAAACGGUUAUGUUGGAACUGUUUGAGUUUCGGCCAUCAAGCGAAAAAAUGUAGGUCGAAAUAUACGUGUCGUUCGUGUCACGACAAACAUCAUUCAUUAUUACAUGAUUCGUCUUCAAACAAAGGCACGCAAAAUGCUACCGAUUCAGGAUCGUCACAACCAAUUUCCUCGGUUCAACAACCGCUUCCAUCUGCUUCAAACUCCACUCAACCGCAAGUAAGCAUGGCGGCUCAAACCACAUGCAAUAUGGUCCUGUUGGAAACAGUCGCACUCAACGUUGUUGAUGAUCACGGUAAGGAAUACAAGGCCAGAGCACUCCUUGAUUCGGCAUCCAUGUCGAAUUUCAUUUCCAAGAAUUUCGCACAGCUUCUGCUCAACCGUCGGUCUAAGGUGGACAAUUUAGUCGCAGGAAUCGGCCUGUCCUGCGGCUGCCAGGAGUUGAAAAUCCUGAAAUCAUUCUGGGGACCUCCAGGGCUAUUGCAGAACGCCGUUUUCAUAGUCUGGAGCGUCGAUUGCAACGAGAUCCUACAGUCAAGGACUCGUAUCACCGCUUUAUGGCUGAGUAUGAACAGCUCGGUCAUAUGA